CAAGAAUGAAGGCUGCGAGGAUAGUGACGCACGAUUAUCUUCUCGCUGCUCACUCAUUGGCUGCCGGGGCCGCCCGUCACUGAGCCCAGGUUUAGGGAUAUGCCAUCAGGGGCAGAUUAUGAAGCAAGCCUCGUCUCUGGCGGUCCCCUCUGCUCGUCUCCAUGGCUGAACGCAGGCUCUACACGCUUUUCUCGUUGUUGCUUUUCGCGCUGGUGCAGCCGUCUUCGCCCUUCAACCAAGUGCCUGCGAUCCUGGACAGGAGCUCGGAGGUCCCCCCAUAUCCUGCUAUCAGAAUCAGAUCAGAUGGAGUAGGCGUUGAGAGUCCAAGUGCCUCACACGAGGAGAGUUAUUCGCCUGCAGCUGAAAAUCCACUCCGAAGAAUACUGCAGCCUUAUGGAUGGCAUUUGCAUGCUCAGCCCAGGACUAAAAGGAAGUUACUUCAGUCUACCAGCUCGGGGCCAUAUUCUCCUCUGAAUGUAGCUUACAAUGGCAAAAUAUGCAUCCUAUUCAAGGCCAAGAGACUGGCCAUUCGCUACAGAAACAACACUUUCCUGGAUCUCACUGAAAGGGUGUUUGGACCUAAUGCCCCCGUAGACACCAAAGGCUCAGUGUGCACCAAAGAGAAAGCCACCCUGUCUCUACGCUUGGGAGAUGUCGAGGAUAUCAAGGGACUUGUCAUCAGGCUCCAGAUGUCCAACACGUUCUACGAGUCAGCAGGUCAGAACUGGUUCACUUUGGACAGUGUUCAUAUCCACUACAACUGGACUCACGAAGCCACAUUCAAUGCCACGGAGGUGUACGCCCCCGCCACCUAUUCUUACCACUGCCAGCACGUCAGCAGCUUACAGAAAUAUGACACUCUACUGGUGCCCAGCUCGCACACCGACAGCUCUGCAAACUGGCACAUCACUUUUACUGACUUCCAGAUUCAGGCCUUCAAUGUGCAGUCCAACAAAUUCGCCUCAGCCAGCGACUGCGCCACCUUUUUCACGCCGGCUAUUCUGAUGGGACUCAUCACAUCUCUGAUUCUGCUGCUGGUGCUGGCCUACGCGUUGCACAUGGUGGUCCAUCUCAAGCACAUCGACCGUUAUGAGGAGCACAAGACUACCGUCUACUUCCCACGCACACCCGAGGCAGAACUGCCCGACAAGAACAGCCUUUAAGGGGCAAGUAGUGGCGCCACCUAUGGGGAAAAUCACAGACCUGCAAAGGACCAGGGAAGACUAACGGAGGAAGGGUUGCCUCUUCUGAUUCUGGAAGGCUGCACUGUGCUCUCGGUCUUACUCCUGACUGGCACUAAACCUCUUGAUCGGCGUCAAGUUUGAAGGCAGGAGGUGAUCUGAUCUGCUGAAUCAGGUGUUUAAUCCCAGGCUGGAGCCAAAACCCUGGACGCACCUCGCUUCUCCAGGACCAGGACUGGGAAGCCUACAAAGAAGGAGCAUUAAACUGUAAAAUGGAAUUUCCAUAGACGAAGAAAGAGCAUUGAACUGUGAAAUCGCCUUUCAAAGGACCACAGCUAGGGCAGACUUUACAAGCACUCAAAUGGCUGGAAACAAGUACUGUGGAAAUGCACUCUAUGAAUAUCCAAGAGAUACAUGAACCAAGAAGGCAGAAAAAAAAACUGUGAAACAGUAGUGACUGUGAUCACUGGGUCACUCAAUACUGGCGGUGAUCACUCUGGUCUGAAAAUAUGGUUCUUCUUUUUACACAGCAGCGCAAAAGUCACAGUGUCAUUCAACUGCAGUGGAAUCCAUGGACAGUAGUGGUUACUGAUAUGCCAAUUACUAAAAAAAAAAAAAAAAAAAAAAAAAAAAAAUGA